CAGGCGGCGGCCGGGGCGCCUCCGGCGCGCCGGGUGCGGCACGGCGCGGGGCCGGGCCUACGGGUGGCGGGCGGCCCCGGCAGGCCCCGUGUCGCACUGGCGGCGGCGCGCGACCAGCUGAAAGCGGCGCUGUUCGGCCGGCUGGAUGCGGAUGGUGAUGGACGGCUUCUGAAGGAGGAGCUGCGGCGCUUCGCGCAGGGCACGGGCUUCGAUGGCGACGAGGCGGACUGGACCGAGGAGUACGGCGAUCUGUGCGAGUCGCUGGGUAGGCGACCCUCGGAAGGUCUGGAUGCCACGGCCUUCAGCGAGCUGGUGGACGACGAGGACUGCUACUGCGACGACGCAGAGCUGCAGGGGAUCCUCGACGUGCUGCCGGCGGCAGGAGGUUCCCCCGCGCCCGUGGCCUCGCCAGCCGUCGCGCUCGGAGCGAAGAGGCCCGUGGGGCUCGACUACUUCCGGGGCGAGCGCGCUGCCGGGCUCUACGAGACGGAGCUCAGGCCCUGGGACCCCGCGGAGGGGACGAGGUCGAGGUCCCCUCGGCUGGGCAGCCACGCGGGCUUCCAGGGCUGCCCGAGCACCGCCAGCGGGGAGGAGGCCGUGAUGUUCUUGUACGAGCAGGCUCGCGACGGCAUCUUCGGCUCGUACUCGCAGCAGGCGGAGGAGGUCUGCUCGCGGAUCUUGGCCGCCGUGGGGGACCCGAGCGCCGUCGGCUGGUUCGAGACGCGGUUGGAUGAGAACGCGCUGGGCGAGGAGGAACUCGCGAGGGCUGUGCUGGCCCCCGCUGGCUGGACCGUCGCGCAGGCGACCAUUCCGCAGGGGUACAUGGAGCAUAUCGUAACUGUCGGGAGGGGCGUUGAGGCAACGCUGGGCGCUGGCGACAGCAUCGUCAACGCCCUGCACAGGGACGUGUCCAAGUGCCGCCGCCUCUGCGACACGCUCCUGAUAGGCGUGGUCGGCAGGAAGCGCGUCAUCUUCUUCGCCCCCGACGAGUUCGACGUCGACGUCAGCUUCCCGCGGAAGCCUGACUUCUCCUCCCACAACCUCCGCGACAUGACGGGCAUGACAGAGCACGAGGCGUGGGCCCGGCUCGAGGGCCUGGCCCAGCGCGACGACGUCAUCGGCGGCGUGCUGACCCUCGAGCCGGGCAUGAUCCUCUACGUGCCCCACGGCUGGUGGCACGCCGUGAAGCCCAUCGACGCCUUCACGCUGAUCACCGGCCCCUCGGCCCUGUCCGAGUGCGCACCGAUGGAGAAGAGCUGAGGGCACGCCUCCCUGCCUCGCCGCCGCCCCCGGGGCCUCGUGCUCCUCCUCCUCCCCCUCCUUGUCCUCCUCCUCCUCUUCCUCCUCCUCCUCCU